AUGUCGACCACAAGCGCAAAAACCGAGCAAACGCUCAGCAUCAUCGGCUGCGGAAACAUGGGCACAGCCAUCCUAAACGGUCUCAUCGAAGCCCAAGCCGCAGCCCCCGAUACCACAAGCACAACCACAACACAGCUCCCCAAAUACUACACCGCAACCGUCCGCCGCUCCUCCACCUACACCAAACUCACCACCGAAUUCGCUUCCUACCUAAAGCCCACGCCCACCUCCCCAGAAACCCCACUGGUAACCAUCCUCCAAGGCCCCAACGCCAAUAAACUGGCGAUAAGCAACAGCAAAACUAUCCUCCUCUGCAUCGACCCAACCGACAUCCCGACCUUCUUCGCCGACCCGGCCAUCCGCGCCGCGCUCAAGGGAAAACUCCUGAUAAGCAUAGCAGCAGGCUGGACGCGCGCCGCGCUAUUCGACCUCGCGCGCCCCGAUUCUCCAGGAGACUUACAAAUCCUCCGCGCCCUCCCCAACAUGGCCGCCCUCGUCGGCCAAAGCAUCACGGCCAUUGAAGUGCCCCAACCCAGCGCCACAGCCACACCCACAGACCCAGCCGUCUUUAAGGAAGAGCCACCGAAUCCAACAGAAUCCCACCUUCAAACUGCCCAAACAAUCUUCUCGGCGAUAGGUCGCACGAUCUUCAUCCCGCCGUCGCAGAUGACGGCCUUCACAGCCGUCGGAGGCUCCACCCCGGCGUUUAUUGCUGUGUUUGCUGAUGCGUUGAUUGAGGGCGCCGUCGCGAUGGGGUUCCCGAGGGAGGACGCCCAGACGACGGUUUUUCAGGCCUUGCGUGGCGCGACCGCGUUGAUGCAGGAGGGCGGCCUGCAUCCUGCUAUGCUGAGGGAUCAGGGGACUUCGCCUGGUGGUUGUACGAUGGGCGGGUUGAUGGUGCUUGAGGAGCGGGGGUUCCGUGGGACGGUGGCUAGGGGCGUCAGGGAGGCGGUUUCGGUUGCUGGGUUGAUGGGGAGGAGGGAUGCGCAGGAGGAGGGCGGGUUUGUCAAUGGGACACGGUAG